AUGGCGGGUUUUCCAAUUGUUUCGAGGGCGAUUGAGGGUCAGCGACUGCCGAAUGAGCUUCUCAUGCACGUCAUCACCUUUCUUGAACCCGCCGAAGGUCAGUUCUUGACCGCGUCCCAUGAGACGACCAGGACCCUCAUGGCCCUCAUGCGGACCUGCAAGUCGGGAAAUGCAGCAGCAAGCCCGAUAUUCGCCCGCCAUUGCGUGUACCUUGACUCUGAAGACCGCACUUUGAGGUUUUCCCGGUGCUUGGCCCUUGCUGCUUCUGUGCUCGAGCCCCCGCACCAAUCGCCGUUCGGGAGUAUUUCUGCCAUUUUUAUGGAAUCUUUCCUGCAAUUCGAAACAGAGCAUUUGUCAAUUUUAGCGGUAGUUCAAAAAGAGAGCGAGGAUGAUGACGCAGGUGACGAGGAAGAUGAGAGCAGUUCAUCCGAUUACGUUCCCGUCCCAACACCCCAUCCAGAACUCCAGGAUCUCCCGGUAGCAGUCGCCGUGCGCGAUAUCUUUCUCGCCGUCGCCCCGACCUUGAAACGACUCAUUAUAAACAUACCGCUACGCUCCCUCUGGCCCGAAGACGACGAGCUCGGUGCCAGGGCUCUGCUGCGGACCGGCUUCGAGGCUCUCAUCAAUCUUGAGGAGUUUGUCAGCGUACAGGACGAGCUUUUCCUCAUUACUUCCAACGAAUUGCCCUCAGACGAGGUGGAAGUAUGGGCAAAAUAUUGGCCAAACCUGCGUCGCCUUUAUCUGUAUGAUAAGUUUCUCGAAGAUGCCUUCUGGCAGGAUGUGAUGGGCUGUCCUCAGCUGGACUCUGUCAUCCUUGGUCGACCGGAUGGAAAUCACAUCUCGGAACCGGCAGACAUCAAACGGGACUGGAUUUCUACGCUCGCAGGCCACAGGGUUGGGGGAAAUGUGUACAGGGGAGCCAUCAGACCGCUCACAGUCAUCAUAUUCGACAUGGACGGGGAGCAUUGUCCCAUCACGGGAUUUAACUCGGCGUGGGAGACUUUAGACCCCGAUGAACGAAUUAGGGUUCGUUAUGCCAAAGCGCCCCCUAUCGACCUUGCUCUCAACUCAGACAUCGCCGAGGAUGAGGCUAGCCCUCGUGAUUCCGUUCAUGUUUGGGUCAGAAAGCAUGCCUUUGCAGGCACACUAUGGUGCGAAAGUGAAAUCGAGGCAUACAACCCCUUGAGUGGAAAUGAGUAA